CAUGGAGCUUUAAGCUUGAUGCUUGAGAUUUAUGCUUUUAGGGCUUGGGCCGUGCCUUUAAAGGCAUGAUCUACGAGGCUUGGCUGGAGACUUCCCCUUGAAACGCAAUAGCGGAAGUCGGAGAUAGCACUUUUCCCUGUCUUCCACUCCCUCCAAGCCAAAAUAUGGAUGAUUCCAGAAAGCGGACGUUUAAUGACACAACAGACAGUGACGAUGGUGAUCAAACCAGAAAGCGAAAGAUAAUCGGACCAGCUCUACCCUCCGAGCACGAUCAAAAGAUAAGCCAUAAUGACGAUUCUGACGACAGUGAUGAUGAUAUUGGUCCGAUUUUACCUCCUUCAGGGACCGAGCACCUUCGGCUUGAUAAUAAACCUGACGAUGCUGGGUUGUUAUCUAAGGAGAAUCAAACCCGUACGAACAGCCGUCAGCGAGACGAAUGGAUGCUGCAGCCCCCAGAGGAAUCAGAUUGGACAUCUAGAGUUGACCCAACUAAGCUUCGAAACCGAAAAUUCCAGACAGGGAGAUCGACAAGGGGUCUGCCCGUAGCAAAUCGCGUGGAUUCGUCUUGGACAGAGAACCCGGAACAAAAGAUGGAGCGCAUAAGAGAUGAAGUAAUGGGUGUCAAGACUUCCAUGCCAGUGAAGGAUGGCAGCAACCACACAGAGGCAUCUCGUAUUUCCGAUGCAACUCACGAGAGGAUACAAAAAUAUAAUGAGGCAACAAGGAAAGACGUGGCACAGCAACCUGGACUCAAAUUGAGUGACAAUGAAGAAGACCCAGGCAUGCGCCCCUUUGACAGGGAGAAAGAUAUGGCUACUUCCUCGAGUAUCUCCAAUGCUCAGCGUCGAGAAUUGCUGAAUAAAGCCGCAGACUUUGGGUCUCGUUUUACUGGAGGACGAUUACUCUGAAAUCCGUUCAGAAGCGGGUACCAAUAAUGAUAAUUAUUAUUGAGUAAUUUAGGGUAUUUAUUGAAUUGAUUUUACGUUUAAUGAGGAAUCCAAAGUUUCAAAAAAUACAUAUCAG